AUGUCCUUAACUGGAGCUACAAGCGGGGCAGAUCAAAGAUUCAUUCAUCCAAAUCCCACACCAGCUUUAUAUUAUGAACCUGGACUAAAUAGCCAUACAGGUCAGACUGAGCAUGUUAAACGUAAAAGGAAAGCUAAGUCUCGAAAGGGCUUAGAAAAAGUUUUUGCUUGUGAGGAAGAAGGAUGUGAUAAAAGGUUUACAAGAUCCGAACAUUUAUCCAGGCAUAAAUUAAACCAUUCCCGUAAAAUCACAUUUAGUUGUAACUGGCCAGGUUGUGAUAAAACUUUUGUUCGGGAAGAUUUGCGGACAAGGCAUGUGGAGAGGCACAUAAAACGACAGGAGGCGGAAACUAACAUCAAGCCUAUAAUCCAGGUUCAAAUGAAUGACGAAAAGCUCACCCAGAAGAGAUUAGGCUCUAAUAAUGAGAUGAAGGGCGGUAUCCCUUCUAGUAGCAACAACAAUAGUUCGAUCCAAUCCCAGUCAAAUCAUUGGGGAUCAGGUGGACCACGUAACGAAAAUCAGCUUGAGAAUUCCUACAUUUCUACUGAUCCUCUGAGGUCAGAAUUGCAAGCACCGAACCCCACUCAAUAUAACGCGUAUAUUGGACAACCCCAGCAGAUUGGUGCCUCCAUACCAAAUCAAAAAGUCAAUAGCGAAGCAUUUCAACGUAUGUCUAUCGGUUCACAGCAAAAUCAAACAUCUGAAAAAGCGUCAUCGCCGUCUUUACUGGAGCCUUCUUUUAGGCAAAGUUCCAGGAGCCCUCGACCGUCAUUGCCAGGUUUCCAGCAAUUAGUGGGACCGGACCGAUGGCAAGGAUUCCAACAGGGAGAUAACAUGGGCACUCCGACAACUAGCCUUAACAGUCCAGGUGGGAUGGAGAUUAAUUCACUUCUGACGCCCAAUAGUACAACUGGUGUGCAGUCUACGGCAGUACCUAGAGCUGUUGGUGGAGUACCUGGUCCGUCAAAUUCGUCCUACCUGAAUGCAACUGUCUAUUCACCAGUCAAUGCUGCAUUAUAUCAACCUAAUUCCCCAAGAUCGUCUUCUGUUUCUGCCUCUGCGACCUCUAUCUAUAGUAACUAUGGCCCUUCGGUACCUCCUGCUCCUGAAGUGUACCGGGGUGGCAUAUCAGGCUCGGGACUUUCACCAACUUCUGCGGAACUCAUUGACUGGUAUUUCUCUGAUUCCAUGUUCCUGGGAAGUAGAGACUUUUUUGCCCCCUCCAAUGCUCCGUCCUAUGAUUUACCAUUGAUUGAUUUUUCUCAAUUUUCCACACCACCAGAAUUUUCCCAGGCCCAACUCAUAUCUGAGAACAAGAGGAACCAACUUCUGAACUUGAUUCCGGCUCUAAGUACACAGGUUGAUUUCACGCUUGAGAAUAUCAAUAGAUAUUUGGACUUUUAUUGGAAAUAUUUUCAUAUUCAGUUUCCAAUCUUACAUAAAAUUUCUUUCGAAGCUGAAACUGCUUCAACGCAUCUACUAUUGAGUAUGAUAUUAAUUGGGGCUGCUUAUGAUGAUGCAAGGGAGCUUGCAAUGGCUAUUGCCGAACCGUUCCGUUGGAUUAUUUUUAGUUCUCCUGGGUUCCAUCCACCGACAAAACUUCCUAUAUUACAGAGCUUAUUAUUACUAGAAGUCUACGAGAAAACAAUGAGUACACGAAAGUUACACGAGAGAGCUCAUAUACACCAUGGAGCUACGUUACAGUUAAUUCGUAGGGGUUCUACUUUACUCAAUCCAGCAUAUGCAUCAUCUGCUCUAAGUGGAGAAGUUCGAACUUGGAGAAAAUGGGUAGAAACAGAAUCUAUAAAGCGAGCAGUCUUUUUAGCAUUUAUUAUGGAUGUUCUUCACUCCGUCUUAUUUGGGCACGGACUAUUGAUGGGUGCACAUGAGAUGAAACUUCCAUUACCCUGCGAUGACAAGAUUUGGAAUUCGCCUGAUGACGAGCGUACCAAGCUGGGCGCGAGUCCCCCAAUUCUCUUCCUUGAUGCUUUAAGGAAGAUAUUGAAUUUGCGCUCUGUUAAAAUCACGGGGUUUGGCAGCCAAGCCCUCCGCGCCGGAAUCCUAUCGAUCGCAAUCCAGAUGUCACAGCAGUCACAACAUAUUUCCUCAAUAGGUUGGGGUUCAUUCAGAGAUAGCUGGAAGUCCAUUAUAGUUCGGUCAUUUGAUUUUGAGCUUCAGGAUUAUAAGAGUGCUCUGGCCCAGCAAGAAAGUGAAGAUUCUAUACGUCGGCAAAAAGAAGUUAAUGCAAUUGAUAGCAAGAGUACUGUAAGCAGCAGUGGCAAAAGUUUUGCAGACAAUGACGAUAGAAGUACAUCUGGAAGAAGAUAUGAUCAGGCGGCAUAUAUUUAUGCCAACGACCAUUCUGUAACUGAAACUACUUACCAUAUGCUCCAUCUUUACUUACGCGUUGCAAGAUAUGAUUUACGUGUUUUUUGUGGAGAUCGCCGAAUCAUGGGCCGAGCUUCUCAUAGAAAUGACUUCCAGGCUGCAAAGAAAUAUAUUCAAAAUUGGGCUAAAACGCCGGCAGGACACGAGGCAGCCUUUCAUGCUCUUAAAGCUCUCUAUCGUGUAUUCAUAACAGGCGAUAGAGAAAGCGAAAGGGUUGAUAUCGGAGGGUCUGAAUCAAGCGCUCAUACCUCAGGUUACAAUGUUACUAGUGAUGUGUUUUUACAUCGUCCUGUUAUGAUCGUUCAUUGUACAAUGGUGUUCUGGGCUUAUUCAUAUAUUUUGGAGGGUCCUGAGUCUGGACAUAUGACAGGAGUCAAUGAUAUGCCGGAACCGUCGCAAUUAAGGCAGAUUAAAGACCAUGAAUGGGCAAUGGCAGCUGAAAGUGGCCGCUCUUUUCUCGAACGGAUGAACGUGGCGAAAACGCCUGCGCAAUUGCAACAGAUACCUUACAAGAAUAGAACCGUUGGAUUGCUUAAAUGGGUCAUACUGUCCUUGAGGGGUAGUAAAUGGUUCGCGCUCCAAGAGAUGUGCGAUAUUUUAGAUGAUUGCGUAGAAAGGAGUCUUGGAAGAGUUGAUUAUAUCGAACGAAGUGACGAUGACGAGCAAGCUGCAACAGCCGCCGUAGGAUACUGA